GCUCGCCGCCUCGAGGUCGCCGUCGCGGGCCACGCGAGCGCGGUUUCCGUGAGGUGGGGCGACGGCGCGGCGGCGCCAGGCGCCCCCGGAAAGGCGGCGCCCGGCAGCGGGCUGCAGGUCACGGAGGUCGAGGUGAUCUCGACCACGCAGGCCGUCUGCGCGGACAACCACGGCCUCACCGCCGUCGGCCCCAGCCUCUGUCCCGACGAGCCCGGCGCGCUGCUGGGCUGCGACGACGUCGGGCCCGGCGACCUGUGCGAGGGCAGCGGCGAGUGUUUCACCGACGACUUCCUCGACAACUGCGGAGGCUACGACGUGUACUUGAAGAGCGAGGCCCAGCAGCCCCUCCGGCCUGAGGAGGGCCGCUGGGAGGCGGAGGAGGAGGAGGAGGAGGAGGAGCCCGUGGCGGCGGGCGCCGAGGGCGGGGACAGUCGCCUGUACCACGCGGUGGACAGCCACGACAACUUGUCCUGGGACGACGACGCCCCGGAGCCCGGCCUCUACAUCGAGGCCGAGGGGGGGGCCCGGCUGGACUCCCGAAGGGCCAUGGCGACGGCCCUCGCGACGCGCGAGGCCGGGCAGGCCGUUCGGCGCGGCCGCCUGGCCGGCGGCUCCGAGGAGGCGGCAGAGCCGCCCGUCGGCGUGGCGUCCCUGAUCGGGCUGCCGGUGGCGUACGGCGAGGACAGCAGCGCGUGGACUGCUGGCCCCGCCCACGCGACGAGCGAGACCGUCACGAGCAUCACGACGACCUACAGCCUCACUGGGAGCACCAGGAGGCUGCAGUGGACCGUGACGUCCACGACCACCUUCUCCACGGAGGAGCAGGGGCACGCCCCUGCCGCCGCCGCGCCUGCGCCCGAGCCGGCGGCCUGGGCCCCCGCGGCCCGGCGGCGGCCGCGGGCCCCGCGAGGGGCCCCUGCGCCGCCCCAGACAGCGCCCGCGGCGGCGCAGGUGCUGGGAAGCGUGCGCGCCGGCGACGGUGCUGGCACUGUCGGCCUGGCAGCCGUGGCGCCAGCCGACGCGGGCCUGGACCCGCUGCCAGAGGUCCCAGGGUUCCUGGCGUCUAGCGGGGGUCCCGCCGCGCGCGAGGCCGCCGAGCGCACCGUCACGUGGCAGCUGGCCGUCAUCGGGGCCAUCGCCGCCGUGGCAGUGCUGCUCCGACCGUGGAAGGCGGCGACGCUGCCGCAGAUCGCCUACGACCACCUGCCCGACGUGGACACGGAGGCGCCGCUCGCCAUAGGCGCGCCGCAGGGGGACUGGUGGGACGACGGCGCCCACAGCGGCGACGCCUUGCCAAUGGCCGGCGUCGGCCUGGGGGCCAGCGGCCCGCGCGUGUUCCACAUCGGCAGCCCGCGGUCCUCGCCGGCGCAGUCGCGCAGCCCGCCGCCGGGGCAAAGGCUUCCAGGCGGGCGCCGCCAGCGGGCCUUGCCGCUGUCGCCCUCCGAGACCGAGCCAGAGGGCGAGCCCAGCGGCGCCAGCUGCGCCAGCUCCCGCGCAGGCUCGCCAGGCCGGCCAGGCGAGUGCAGCACCGCCUGCAGCAGCGGCAGCUUGGCGGCGACCACCAGCGCAGGCGGCGAGGGGUCCCCCGGCUGCGGCGCGGGCGCGGCGCCGCAGGCGGAGCCGCCUCAGCCGAGGGGGCAGCUCGCGGCGGCCGCGGGCCGCUGCAGGGAGCGGAGGGGCGCCGUCGCGGGCGGGCGGGUGGUGCUGCUACACGCCUCCCCGCUGGUCAUUAGGAACCCGCAGAGGCCAGGGCACCUGAUCAAGGUGGACGAGCUGGCGGUGGAGCGGGAGUGGGACGUGAUGGUGCAGGCCUACGACCAGGCCGCGCAGGGGCUGCGCGGUGGGGGCGCCGUGCCGCGCGGGGGGUCCGCGCGCUGGCAGCGCCCGGGCGUGUCGCUGUCUGCGGAGCUGCUGACGUCCACCUCACUGCAGCACAACCUGGUGCCGGUCAGCGGCGACGCCUCGCCGCGGGUGCUGCACCUCUCGGCGCACGGCUUCCAGGGGGACCUCCUCUUGGAGGACGGCCGCGGUACCGCCCAGGUCUUCUCCGCCGACCAGCUGGAGGGGCUGCUGCGGCUGAGGGACCCCGAGCCCGAGCCGCCCGAGGGAGGCGGCCGCGGCAGGGGCGGCCUGAGGCUCGUGCUGCUGAACGCCUGCAGCCUGGCGUCCGUGGGCAGGCAGCUCGAGAGGAGCGGCGUCCCCCACGUGAUCGGGACCUCGGUCGACCUGCUGGACUCCGACAGCCACUGCUUCCUGCGCGCGCUGUACUCCUACCUCUUCGCCGGCAGCUCGGUGUGCAGAGCCUUCCAGGCGGCCCGCGUGGCGCUGCUGAACUCGGCCCAGGCCUCCAGCCGCAGCGCGGCCGGGCACUUCUUCCUGCUGCCCGAGGACGGGGACCACUCGGAGGUGCUCUUCCGCCCGCAGCGCCCGGCGGCGCUCCCCGCCGCCGCGGCGCCGUGGCCGGCCGACUGCGAGGACGGCGGCUCCUCCUCGGGCCACGCCGCGGAGUGGGACGGCUCCUCCACCGGCGGCGAGGAGAGCGGCUCCGCGCCCUCGGAGCGCGGCGCACGCGACUGCCAGCGCGGGGCCGGGUCGGGCUCCGACGAGCUGUCCUUCGCGCUUGCCCUGAUCCCUGCGCUGUGGCGGCUAAGUCUCGCAUUGGGCUCUGGCGGCCGCAUCUCGCUGAGUCGCGGCAGAGAGGCCUGCAUCUUGCCCAGGUCCGAGGUCCGUGGGUCGCUCGCGCACGGCGGGCGGCGGCUCGUGAGGACGCAGGCCGUGUCCGUGUCCGCGUCGGUGUCCGUGCCCUGGCAGACCCGGCUGUUUGGCGACCCGGGUUAA